CGCCUCCCCGCGGUUGCGGUCCCCGAUAGGCCCGAUCACGCUUUCUGCGGAAGUCCCGCCUCCUCCUCCAGAGCCCACGCAGAGCAGCUGCCACUCACGCUCUCCUAGUGAGCGCCGAGCGCCGCCCGGGCCCCGACCUCAGGGCGCCCUUCCCCCACCCUCUCACCUCCGAGCGCUGCCCGCCGCUCUGUCCGGCGGAGCCGCGGCGGGGAAUCGGAAAUCGGCUGCUUCGGCCUGUCUCCGCCCAGUAGCGCGCGCUUUGAGUGGAGGGCUCCCGCGCGCGGGUGGGAAUUGACGCUCCGCGCGCGGGUGCAAGCGACGUCCUGCAGGGCGGUUUCCUUGGUGUGCGAUUCCACCUCGACUCCCUGAGCACCGUCAUUUCCUUCCUUUUUUCUGCCCGCUCUAGUAACUCAUUCCGCUUUGGGGCUGGCUUUUUUGGCCCUGUCCUUGCCCCGGCGUUCCUUUUUCCGAGGCCGCUGCAGGAGGCUCACGCCGGAGCUCCGAGUCCAUGAGGAUCCCAUUGGUGACUCCAGCCCGCCACCAUGAACGGGGCCCUGAUCCCCCACACGCCCAUCGCUGUGGACUUCUGGAGCCUGCGCCGGGCUGGUUCCGCACGGCUCUUUUUCCUGUCCCACAUGCACUCGGACCACACCGUGGGUCUGUCUAGCACCUGGGCGCGGCCCCUCUACUGCUCCCCAGUCACCGCUUUCCUCCUGCACCGACACCUGCAGGUGUCUAAGCAGUGGAUCCGAGCCCUGGAGGUUGGUGAGAGCCAUGUCCUGCCUCUAGAUGAAAUUGGGAGAGAGACCAUGACUGUAACCUUGAUGGAUGCCAAUCACUGCCCUGGCUCUGUCAUGUUUCUCUUUGAAGGAUACUUUGGAACCAUCCUCUACACAGGUGACUUUCGGUAUACACCAUCCAUGCUGAAGGAGCCAGCCCUGAGCGUGGGGAAACAGAUCCAUACCUUGUACCUCGACAACACCAACUGUAACCCAGAGCUGGCUCUUCCUUCCCAACAAGAAGCCACCCGCCAGAUUGUGGAGCUCAUUCGAAAGCACCCACAACACAACGUCAAGAUCGGACUCUAUAACCUGGGCAAAGAGUCCCUGCUGGAGCAGCUGGCCCUGGAGUUCCAGACCUGGGUGGUGCUGAGUCCUCGGCGCCUGGAGUUGGUGCAGCUGUUGGGCCUGGCAGACGUGUUCACAGUGGAGGAGAAGGCCGGCCGCAUCCAUGCCGUGGACCACACGGAGAUCUGCCGUUCCGCCAUGCUGCGCUGGAACCAGACCCACCCUACUAUUGCGGUCCUUCCCACGAGCCGGAAAAUCCACCGCGCCCACCCCAAUAUCCACGUCAUCCCUUACUCCGACCAUUCCUCCUACUCGGAGCUCCGUGCCUUCGUCGCAGCGCUGAGGCCUUGCCAGGUGGUGCCCAUUGUCAGGCGACAGCCCUACAGGGACUACUUUAGGGACAGCCUGAGCCCCAGGCUCUCCGCGCCCCCUAUCCCAGACUCUGUACGGCAAUACAUGAGUUCCUCCUCUAGAAAACCAAAUGUUCUGUGCCUGUUAGGAAGGAGGCUCAAGAGGCCAAGAACCCAGGGUGUCAUGUUUGAAUCUCUUGAGGAGAAGGCUGAUCAAUUUCAAGCUGACAGGGACUCAGAGGAGGCCAAGAACAAGAACCUUUCUGGGAACCUGGAGAAGCCGCCCUCCCACCAUCCUUUGCAGAUUAAGAAGCAGUUGUUCCCAGACCUCUGCAGCAAAGAGUGGGGUGGGGCAGUCCCUUUCUCUGAGUCCCAGCAGAGAGUGACUGCACUGACUGCCCCCUUGGGUUUUUCAGUUCAUUUAAGGUCCACAGAUGAGGAAUUUAUCUCUCCGGAAACCGGGGAGGAAAUCAGUGUGGGGCCCCACUUGGGCCCCAGGGGAGGCAGCGACGGCUCAGCAGCCCCUAGGACCCAGCACGUGAGGCGGCACGAGGAUUCACCCCCGUGUCACAGCAGCGAGGCUCUCCCUCUUCCGGCUUCUGAGUUCAGCAGCCUGACACUAAAAUACCUCCUGACUCCCGUGACCUUUUUCCAGGCGAGGUUCUCUUCCAGCGGCUUCGACCAGCAAGUGGAAGAAUACCACAAAUCCUUGCUAAGUCCAUAUAGAGGAGAGUAUGACCUUGUUUGAUCCUGCACUCCAGUUUGAGAGAUAGUGGAUGACAGCUGGCGGGGGUUCGUCUAGGGCCUUUCCUGUCUUCCCGGGAUCCUUUUGGGCUCACCCUGGAGUGACACUAAUUCAAGUGUGUUCACUGGAAGCCUAACGCUUACAGACUCUUGAGUUUAUGGUUGAUUGUUUGAAAACUGUUUUCAUUAAAACCCCUUCACAGUAUAAGUCCAUGUUAGGUUCUAAGGAGGCCUGCAUGACCAUCUGUUUACAUUUCUUUAAUACAGUAUUUCUCCAACAUUUUAGAACAUUCAGUCCUCUUAGGUGGCUGCAGAAAGAGUUAAAGAGUCUGAGUCAAAGAGGCCCAGGUUGCUCUGCCUGGUGUGGCUCAGUGGAUUGAAUGUUAGACUGUGAAGCAAAGCGUUGCUAGUUCAAUUCCCAGUCAGGGCACAUGCCCAGGUUGCAGGUCAGGUCCCUGGUGGGGGCAUGCAAGAGGCAACCACACAUUGAUGUUUCUCUCACUUUCUUUCUCCUUCCCUUCUCCUCUCUCUAAAAAUAAAUUAAAAUCUUUCUUUAAAAAAAGCCCAAGUUACUCCCAUUGUUAUUUUGUGUGCAUUAUGCCAUUCUCCUUGUCCCUUCCUUCCUUUUCCUAGACAAAGGUCCCUAGGUAGUUGUGUUUUUUUUGUUGUUUUUUUUUUUCAUUAGGAACUGUGCUGGAGGAUAAAGUGGUGAUCCAGGCAGCACGUUCCAGUCCUGAAUGUCACUGACUUGCUGUGACCCCAUCCAAGUGACUUCCUGUCUCUGCCUCUGGGAGGGAACAGGAAGUGAUGAUGAGCCCUGGAACAGUGGAGAAAAAUUCCAUCUUUGCCUCCAUGAGAGUUUGCAGUUGGUGUCACUGGCGACCUACCUGGAACAGGGCCAGCUGGGGGAGUGGGCACCCCUCACCAAGGCAGCACCUGGGACCAGGCUUCAGUACGAUGGGCCUCCCAGCUGCCUGUAGGCCCUGACUUUGAAAUAAAGUUGCAAAAGAUCAAAUGGGCUGCCAGAUAUUCCUGAUUGUGCACAUAGCUGGGAUAUUUACUGACUGCCCCCCCCCCCGCCCCCACACCCUCCGGUUGAGUAGGGCGCCAGAGCACACAGUCUGUUUGUCUCAGUAUCCAGGGCAGAGACCGAGGAGCCAGCUGGUGGAGGGGGUGGGGGCGAGCAGCCCUGCCCUGUCCUUCUGCUCCCAGCCUGGCAAAAUGCCAAGCCACUGAGCAGGACAGCAGAUAUCACAGGCUCGCAGAGGGCGCCCGCCGGCGUGCAGAGCUGGGCACGUGGAUAAGCACUGCUCAGAAAGGCUCCGCAAGCCUUCGUGGUGAAGCCUCUGUCUCUUCCCCGGGAAAAACAGUUGUCUCCUUCGGGAGGAAGAUAUGAAGAGUUUAGGAACCAGUCCAGGGCCCUGCUCGUGGGCGACCUGUCCACAGCUGUGUGUUGGCAGUGACCGUCCCUGGAAGCCUCCCGGGGGCCCGCUGGGAGCCGCAGCCGGUGGGCCUGUGCAGCCGCAGGAAACGGGCCUUGUCCUGGGCUGGAGUCCAGGGCGCCCGGGGCCACAGACCACGUGAGACAGCAGAGCCUCUGUCCCCGGCCCAGAGCAGACGGAGAUGCCCCCUCUGCUGGUGGCUGCGGAGGGCAGAUGACUGGGGAAAUGCCUAGCUCACUGCCCACCGCAUACAUAAUGGGUUUGAAGCACUGGGUCUCUGAGC